AGCCUGUGAGAGGAAAGCUUUGGUCGGUGGAUGAUUUCCCCAAGAAAUGACACCAAGCAGGGAGGUACCAGGCUGCUUGAAUGGAGUCUGCUUUCUACCAUCUCCGACGAUGUGGCCAGAAAAAUGCCAGUUCAGGUUUGUGAAGAAAACCCUGUUGUUUUCCAGUCUUGCUGUUGCAGUGCUUGUUGUGUUGAGAAGGUACAGCUACUUCCCAGAAACCUCCUCUAAUUGGCAUUCUCGCUACGGCUUUUCCUGCAAAGCAAACUCAGAGGGAUCCGAUUACUUCAGCUCAAGUCCAGACAAUGUCAAUGUGAUCCACCUUAAAAGAAUGGUGUAUCCGAAGCCUGAAACCUUAAAGCCUCCGAGAACUAAUGUACUGUCCGUAUCCCCCUGGCUGGCCCCAAUAGUGUGGGAAGGCAACUUCAACAUUGAUAUACUAAAUGAACUGUUCCGCCAGGAAAAUGUUCGAAUUGGCCUUACAGUGUUUGCCAUUAAAAAAUACAUAAGGUUUCUCAAAACGUUCAUUGAAACGGCCGAGAAGUUCUUCAUGGUGGGAUACCCUGUCAACUACUACAUCUUCACUGAUCUAGUCAGCAACGUAACUAAUUUUAACAUGACGGUUGGCCCGAGAAAGCAACUUAUCUUCCUUGAGGUCCCCAGUUACGAGCGGUGGCAGGACGUCACCAUGAGACGCAUGCAGAUGAUUCGCGACUUCACUAAGCAGCGUUUUGCCUCCGAGGUGGACUACUUGGUGUGCGUGGAUGUGGACAUGAGAUUCCAAGACCACGUUGGCGUAGAGAUCCUCAGUGAUGUGUUUGGGACUUUACACCCGGCGUUCUUUGUUAAAGGGAGGGACAAAUUUACAUUUGAACGAAGGCCGGAGUCUCAAGCCUACAUCCCUGAAGAUGAAGGAGACUUUUAUUAUGCGGGGGGUUAUUUUGGAGGAAAAGUAGAAGAGGUCUACAAGCUGACCAACCACUGCCAUCAUGCUAUGCUCACCGACAAAGCAAAUAACAUUGAAGCGAUCUGGCACGAUGAGAGUUACUUGAACAAUUACUUUCUAUAUUACAAAAAGCCUACUAAGAUCCUCUCUCCGGAGUAUCUGUGGAACGAGAGGGAUGGGACCGCAUUCUACCUGAGAAAGAGAAGGCUCAUUUCACUUCAUAAAAAUGCAGAUGAGGUCCGGAACUAACUUUUAUAACUAUAAUAAUGUGAUUUAGGUACCUUUGUCACCCUGCACUACCGUGUCAGAUUUGCAGAUCAAGGGGUCAGACUGGGCUGCCAGGGCACCGGGAAAAAACCAGGUGGGCCCAGACCUGAUUCCCACAGGGCACUCCCUUGAGUCACCGGUCUCCCUUCCCUGACGUGCUGAAGGUACUUUUACAACAGCCCCAGAGGGCCCUGCACCCCCCAGUCCAACCCUGAUUAUAUAACAUCCAGGCCCAGACUCAGGGAUUCAAAAUAGGUUCUGCCAUUUCAAGUACACAGAGGUCCAAUAUUAUUGAGGAAAAUAUUAUUAAUUGUGCUUUCAUUGAGUUUUGGGGGCAAAACUGUGGCACAGGAACCCAUGAUCCUCUGGGGUCAUUACUGUAAGUACGGUAUAAUUAUACUUAUGGUUUCAGUACUUCAUUUUGUAUUUUUUGAAAAUGUUUCCUUCCUCCCCUACCGCUUCCUGGCCUACAGCAAAUGCUCCCUCGGCUGUUUGGGUCACUGACCCUGAGGAAGGGAGGUGGGGGCCGGCCAAAAUGUUGUGCCUGCCGGGACUAUUUCUAUAGUGGGCACUUGUUUAAAAUGACAUUCUUAUUACCCAUAAGGUAAUUGUUAUUAACAUUUA